AUGUCUCGUUUAAUCGUAAAAAAUUUACCAAAAGCCAUAACUGAUGACAAAUUAAGAGACAUUUUCAGUGAAAAAGGAGUUAUUACUGAUGUCCAACUUAAAUAUACCAAAGCUGGUAAAUUUCGUCAUUUUGCCUUUGUGGGUUUUCAAAACGAAGAAGAAGCUAAAGCAGCUCUAGAUUAUUUUGACAAUACCUUUCUCCAUUCUUUACGUAUAAAAGUAGAGAAAUGUACUGAAUUAGGUGAUGACAAUAAGCCCAGAUCAUGGAGUAAAUAUGCGCCUGAUAGUACAGCCUAUAAAAAAGAGCACAGUACUCCUAAAUCGGAAGAAGUUAUAAUCCAAACAGAACCCAAGUCUAAAAAAAAAAGUAAACUCAAAUCUGAAGUAGAAGAAAAAUUAAAACAGCACUUAAAUGAUCCUAUGUUUACUGAAUUCUUGGAAGCUCAUGGACAAGAAAAAAUUCUUAAAGAUCUAAACAAUGAAGAUAAAACUGAAGAGUCAUCCACUCCAAAAGAAAUAGAUGAAGAGCUUACAAACAAAAUUGCAAAUGCCAAUAUAUCUGACUUUGAAUAUUUGAAAAUAAAAAGUGGUAAGAAAUCUGAGGCAGAGAUUUUGAAUAAUCCAGGAAUUAAAACAGAAUAUCAUACAAUUGUAAUUCGAGGUUUGCCAUAUAAAGUAAAAAAGGCAAUGUUAAAAGAAUUUUUCAAACCACUGAAAUUAGAUUCUAUACGCUUACCACCAAAAAUAAAAGGCGUGGCUUAUAUUGGUUUCAAAAAUAAAUGUGAUGCUGAACAAUGUCUCAUUAAAAAUAAGAGUUUCUUAAAUGGAAAACGAAUAUUAUUAUACCCAAUGAAAAAUGAAGCUGAUGAUCUAGAAGAAAACAAUAAGCUUAAUAAAAGAAAUCCCGAUUGGCAGAAACAAACUGAUAGUUUGAUACAUGAAGAAAGCAUUGCAGAAUCUGGUCGUAUAUUUAUUCGAAAUUUACCAUUCAUUACUACAGAGGAAGAAUUACAAACAGUGUUUGAAAAAUAUGGUCCUGUAACUGAAGUAAUAAUUCCUAUUGAUAAAAUAUCUCGUCAAGUCAAAGGUUAUGGUUUAAUUACAUAUCUUAUGCCUGAACAUGCUGUGAAAGCAUAUACUGAAUUGGACGGUACAAUAUUCCAUGGGCGAAUGAUGCAUUUAUUACCUGGAAAGGCCAAAAUUAAUCUAGAAGAUGAAACAACGGACGAAUGUAGUUCAUUCAAAAAGAAAAAAAUGGCAAAACUAAAAUCUGAAGCAGGAUUAUCUCACAACUGGAACAGUCUAUUUUUAGGCCAAAAUGCUGUUGCUGACAUUAUUGCUAAGACUUAUAACACAACUAAAGAAAAUGUUCUUACUGGUGAUAGUGCUGCUGUCAGAUUAGCUCUAAGUGAAUCACAAAUUGUUUCAGAUACAAAAAUUUACCUAGAAAAUCAUGGCGUUAAACUAGAUAUAUUCAAUCAAACUGUAAUAAAUCGAAGCAAAAAUGUUAUUUUGGUUAAAAAUUUGCCUGCUGACACAACUGAACUUGAGUUGAAAGACAUUUUCUCCAAGUACGGCUUAGUAAACAGAGUAGUAUUACCACCUAGUGGGGUCACUGGAUUAAUAGAAUUUGUUCAAAACUCAGAAGCCAAAACGGCAUUUCGUCAACUUGCUUAUUCAAAAUUCAAACAUCUACCACUUUACUUAGAAUGGGCUCCAGAUAAAGUGUUCACUGAUGUUCCUCAGAACAUUCAAGAAGAAACCUUUCCAAAUUAUACCAAUAAAGAUACUGAAGAUGAUAUUGUUGAGCCUGAAUCUGAUACCACAUUGUUUAUUAAAAACAUAAAUUUCAAUACUACAGAAGAACAUAUCACAAAACAUUUUGAACCUUGUGGGAAAAUUGCUAAUGUUACUGUUGCACGAAAAAAAGACCCUAAUCUUCCAGGACAAUUUCUGUCAAUGGGUUAUGGUUUCAUUCAAUUUUACAGACAGAAAUCAGUCAAUGAAGCAUUGAAAACCAAACAGUUGUCAAUGUUAGAUGAUCAUUCCAUUGAACUUAAACGUUCAAAUAGAACAUUACAAAGUACAACAGUUGCAGAACGAAAACAAGGUAAAUCAUAUGAAGAAAGCACCAAAAUACUUGUACGUAAUAUACCAUUCCAAGCGAGUAUUCAAGAAGUUAUUGAAUUGUUUAAAACUUUUGGAGAACUUAAAGGUUUAAGAAUGCCAAAGAAAAUGGUGGGAACUGGCACUCAUAGAGGAUUUGCAUUUGUUGAAUACAAUUCUAAGACCGAAGCAAAAGCAGCUAUGGAGUCCAUGUGCCAAAGCACUCAUUUGUAUGGUAGGCGAUUGGUGCUUGAAUGGGCACAAGCUGGUGAAAAUCUUGAUGAAAUGCGUAAAAGAACUGCAGAUCAAUAUCAGUUACCUGGAGGGCCAAAAAAACACUGCAAGGGUGUUGCUGAUAUACAAAUUGAUGAGGAUGAAAUUAAAGAAUAA